AUGGGCAAGACGGUCGAAGGGCUGAACCAGGCGUACGAGCUGCGCAACUCGGACCCCGAGGAUCUGAUCUUUGACCUGUUUCAGGUGAACCAGAAGGGCGGACCGGUCGGCCCAGAGGAGCUGGCGUCGAUCAGCAAGUUGAUCAAGGUUCUCCGCUCGUUCGGCCUCCGCGAGUCGGACCCAAGGCUGAAGGUGAUGAUGGAGCGGAUCCGGCACUACGAGGAGGAGGAUGAGGACGAUCAGCGAGCAUCACAUCUCUACACGCGCGAGAAGUUCAAGGACUGUAUCCACCCCUCCGUCCAGCUCAUCUCCCAAGCCCUCCGCAACCACCUGAUCAUCCCCUCCUGGGGCGAGUUUUGCGUCAAGAUCAAGGACAUCUUCGAGAAGGUAGCUCCGAUGAAGAACGGCGAGGUGGCCUCGUACAUUCCACAACUCGCUCGCACCGACCCAAACCUCUGGGGGAUGAGCAUCUGCACGAUUGAUGGGCAGAGAUACUCGCUCGGCGACGCCAACGUUCCGUUUUGCUUCCAGAGUGUUUCAAAGGCGUUCAACUACGGCAUCGUGGGCUCGGACCUCGGCGCGGACUUCGUGCACUCCUACGUGGGCUACGAGCCAAGCGGGCGGCUCUUCAACGAGAUUUGCCUCGAUGCGCAAUGCAAGCCCCACAACCCGAUGAUCAACGCCGGGGCCAUCAUCGUCACGUCGCUGAUCAAGAACGGGCUGACGAUGGCCGACCGCUUCGACUUUGCCCUCACCGAGUACCGAAAGCUCGCCGGAAAUGAGUUUAUCGGCUUCAACAAUGCUACCUUCCUGUCCGAGCGUGACACGGCCGACCGGAACUACGCGCUGUCGUAUUAUAUGAAGGAAAAGGGCUGCUUCCCGCCUGGGACACAGGGGUUGAGGGAGGAGCUCGAUCUCUACUUCCAGUUGUGCUCGUUGGAGGGGACUUGUGAGAGUACGGCAGUUAUGGCAGCAACGCUAGCGAAUGGAGGCGUUUGCCCCCUAACCGACGAGCUCUGUAUCCAUCCCCGCCCCUGCCGCGACGUCCUGUCCCUGAUGUACUCGUGCGGAAUGUACGACUACUCAGGCAAAUUUGCAUUCUCGGUGGGCCUCCCCGCAAAAUCGGGCGUCUCGGGGGCGAUGAUCGUCGUCGUGCCGAACCUGAUGGGCAUCUGCCUCUUCGCCCCGCCCCUCGACAAGAUGGGCAACUCCACCAAGGGCGUCGCCUUCUGCCGGCGUCUCAUCCAAAACUUCAACUUCCACAACUACGACUCGCUGCUGCACGCCGACUCGAAGAAGCUCGACCCCCGGAGGAGGAUCGGGAAUCGGGACACCGAACUCGUCGUCUCGCUGCUCUUCGCCGCCCAGGGCGGAGACUUUGAAGCCGUACGAAGGCUCUUCAUGCAGGGCACCAACAUGGAGAUGGCCGACUACGACGGGCGGACGGCACUGCACGUGGCCGCUUCUGAAGGGCACGCCCACCUCGUCAAGUUCUUCCUGCAGGUCGCGCGCGUCAACCACUGUCCGAAGGAUCGCUGGGGUCGCAUCCCUCUCGACGACGCCAAGCUGUUCAACCACGAGGACUGUGUGCGUCUUCUCACCCGAGCCCAGGCCCGCCAAUCCGGCCCCGUCGACGAGUCGUCCUCCACCUCGGCCCCAGCCGAUCCAAUCGACCCGGUCCGCCACACAACCGAGGCGGACGACUCGUCCUCUUCGGGCGAUGAGCUGGCGAACGGCAUCGGCGUCAUGAUGAUCGACGACAAGGAGCUGGAUCAAAUCCCCGGCCGUCGUGGCUCCGUGAAAAAGCCGAUUCACCUCCCGACUCGAGUCAAUGGCAGCGGUCCGGCAAACCGGAAGGUGCAACCAACGGAUGCGACGAUGGCCUCACCGCAGCCAAACGGGCAGCCGCCCGCCUUUUUCCCCAAAACCAACGGGAAACCCGAGGGCUCUAGC